GAGGUUUCUGUUCUUUCUCCUGAGAAAAGGCAGCACCUAAUUCCUUCAGUGACAACUCGCCAAUUUCUGCAGGCUUAAGUGCUUUACUACUCGGAAAAGGAAAACCCAGAGAAUCUCUCCCCAACAAAUCUCCCCACAUUCACGAGCACUUCAAUGCACAGUCACGACGAUGGAUAUACAGAGAGAGACAGACGGAGAUGAGGUUCAGAACACCGAGAAGAGGAAACUCCGACGGCCCACCAUGACCCGAGACCGCCAUGUCAAAUUCCAGGGACGUGAUCGGAGGGUCAGGCUUCCGGCCACUUGUGCUCCCGGUAUAUUUCGCCUGACCCAGGAACUCGGUCUCAAAACGGCUGGCGAAACGAUUCUGUGGCUCUUGGAACAGGUUCGGCCUGACCUCGUUGUCCCUAAAGGUGUUUCGUCCAAGAAAGCUUCUUGGGAAAACUCGGCCGACGUUUUGGUUGCCGAACCCAUGAAUAUUGCCCUACCUCAAGAUGAUGAAAGUGGGGGUUUUAUUGAGUCUGCACCGGUUUCCGACAGCAGCGAGCCGGUGGUGGUCGCCAGUGAAGCCGACGGAAUGUCUGAUCACUCCGGUCCCCGGACCGUUCGAGCCACUGUUGUACAGGCCUCAACUGUCUUCUACGACACUCCGGCGACUCUGGAUAAGGCAGAGAGACUGGUUGCAGGUGCUGCUGCUUAUGGGUCACAAUUAGUUGUCUUUCCAGAGGCAUUUGUGGGUGGUUAUCCCCGUGCUUCAUGUUUUGAUGUUUAUGCUAGAACCCAUAUAAGUGAGGGAAACAGUCAGUUGCAGAGGUAUCAUGCUGCAGCUGUGGACAUUCCUGGUCCUGAAAUUGAACGAUUAGCAGCAAUAGCUGGAAAAUAUAAAGUAAAUCUAGUAAUGGGGGUGGUAGAGAGAGAAGAGUCUUCUCUCUACUGUACUGUUGUCUUUUUUAACUCCCAUGGCCAUUAUCUUGGGAAACACCGGAAACUCAUGCGAACAUCUUCAGAACAUACAGUUUGGUCUCCUGGAGACAAUUCAACACCAUCUACAUAUGACACUCCGAUUGGGAAGAUAGGUGGCCUCAUCUGCUGGGAUAAUAGGAUCCCACUUUUAAGAACAGAACUUUAUGCUAGAGGUGUGGAGAUAUAUUGUGUUCCUACAGCUGAUGCCAGUGAUUUAUGGAGGUCAUCUGCAACUGCCAUUGCCCUUGAAGGUGGAUGCUUUGUUCUAUCUGCAAAUCAGUUUUGCCAAAGGAAAGACUAUCCCCUUUCAGAGAAAUGUAUGCCAGGAGAUGAAAACAAAGAUCUCUCACCAGAUUCAAUUGUCUGUGCUGGGGGCAGUGUCAUUAUUUCACCAUCUGGGUCUAUUUUGGCUGGACCCAAUUAUCAAGGGGAGUCCCUUAUCUCAGCUGAUCUAGAUCUUGGAGAAAUCACACGAGCAAAGCUUGAAUUCAAUGGAGUGGGACACGAUGGAACAUCCAACUCCCCUGACUUAGUAGUGAGUGAACCCAACGCAAUUCCAUUUGCAGCUGUGGCAAAAAAGGAAGCUACUUAUGAAUAACAAGGAUGCAUAUUUGGAGCUGCGCGCAUGGGAAGGCCAAUCUUUGGAUCGUUUUAAUUGCAUUGUCUCAUUCUGCAUCAAAGAGCCUGCUAGCGUUGUGCCCAUCACUUUCCUUGGCAGAUCUCUUGAGUCAAAUUUUGUUCCCAGAUUUUUUAUCUAUGCCAUUGAAUUUCUUUUUGUAAAUUAUGUUGUGUUUUGAAACCUUUGUAUAGGUUUCCUUACCUUUCCCUAUUUUUCCUUCAAACCAAAAACAGCCUUAACGAUUACAAAGUCAUUAGAACAUGGUGGUGAACUGCACCAUAUAAUCAUAUAUAUAGCUUCUUUCCUAAUUUGUCAAAUUAAUAUAUGAAUUUAGCUUUAUUCAA